GGGCGCUCAGUCGGCCUCGCCCGCCAGCCCAGCUCCAGCCGCCCCCGACGCCCUCCGCUCCCUCCCUCCGCAUCCCGCCGCUGCGGCUCCGACACCGCCCGGGCAGCUCCGGCAGGCAGGCCGCGGAAGGAGGCGCGCGCGGAGAGGAGAGCCGGCCCGCCGCGGGGCUCCUUUGUGGCGGCCGGGGCGCUGGAGCCGCGGCAGGUCCCGCGAGCGAGCCGGCUGUCAAGAGCCGAGCGGGGCCGGCGGAGGUGAGGGCGGCCGCUCUCCAUGGGGCGCCCCGCAGGCGGCGGAGCAGCGGUCCCGGGGACGCCGCCGGCGCGGGAUGCAGCGUGAGCCCGGCCGGCGCGGGACUGCGAGGAGGCGGCAGGCGUUGGAGAGUCAACUGGGAAGGGCGCUCAACAUGGGAACCCGGAUUGUGCUGCUGCUGUUUCUGGGGAGCUUGGCGUUGGCCGAGGCAGCGAGAGGCCCACCCAGAAUUGCCGACAAAGUGAUCCACCGGCAAUCAGCAAGAUUAGGAAGAACCAUCAAGCUUCUGUGUCCGGUCGAAGGCGAUCCACCGCCUCUCACUAUGUGGACGAAGGACGGGAGGACAAUCCACAGUGGGUGGAUGAGGUUCCGUGUCCUCCAACAAGGCCUGAAGAUCAAGGAGGUGGAAAGCGAGGACGCUGGGACCUACAUCUGCAAAGCCACCAAUGGUUUUGGCAGCAUGAAUGUGAACUAUACCCUCAUUGUGAUCGAUGAUGCCAGCUCAGGAAGGGAGCGAUUGGGACCUGAAAAUCCUAACAGUGAAUCAGAAGACCCUUCAGGGAAGCUAUGGGCUCGACCCAGAUUCACCCAGCCUGCGAAGAUGAGGCAACGGGUGAUCGCCCGUCCGGUGGGGAGUUCGAUUCGACUGAAAUGUGUGGCCAGUGGAAAUCCCCGGCCGGACAUCAGCUGGCUAAAGGACAACAAGCCCCUCACAUCGCAGGAGAUGGGCGAGAACAAGAGGAAGAGGUGGACACUUAAUUUGAAGAACCUGAAGCCGGAGGACAGUGGGAAAUUCACCUGCCGCGUUUUCAACAGGAUGGGUGAAAUCAAUGCCACCUACAAAGUGGAAGUGAUCCAAAGGACACGAUCCAAACCCAUUCUCACCGGGACGCACCCUGUGAACACGACCGUGGACUAUGGAGGAACCACCUCCUUCCAGUGCAAGGUGAGGAGGACGUGUGAAACCGGUCAUCCAGUGGCUGAAGAGGGUCGAGUACGGCACGGAGAGCAGAUACAAUUCCACCAUCGAUGUCGGUGGGCAGAAGUUUGUGGUGCUGCCCACCGGGGACGUUUGGUCUCGCCCAGAUGGCUCCUACCUGAACAAACUCAUGAUUGCACGUGCCAAGGAAGAAGAUGCUGGAUGUACAUCUGCCUAGGGGCAAACACCAUGGGCUACAGCUUCCGGAGUGCAUUUCUUACCGUCUUACCAGACCCCAAGUCCCCGAGUCAACCGAUGGCUCCUUCUUCUGCCAGCAAUCUACCGUGGCCCGUCAUCAUCGGGAUCCCAGCUGGGGCUGUCUUCAUCUUGGGACGAUGUCCUCUGGCUUUGCCAAAAACCAAGAAGAAGCCAUGUUCUCCUCCACCUGCAACUCCAGGACACAGGACACAGCCCCGAGACCGGGUUUGCACCGCCCAGGUCUCGGAUAAAGACUGCUUGUCCUCCAUAAACUAUGAGGAAUAUGUAGCUCAGCAGCCCUUGCGGACCCAAGGGCCCGUCCUGGCUCCAGCGCGGCUUCCAAAAUGUACCCAAAGAUUAUACGACAUCCACACUCACACCCCACGCUCCCACGUGGAAGGGCAAGGUAAAAGCAACCAGCACAUCCAUUAUCCGUGUUAAAAGAUUGAUAACGUUGCGACACGGAAGUCGGAUUCGCUUUGGAUCAGUGGAAAUGGCCGGGGUGUGGGCAAAAUAACACAACAGAACACGGUGUCUUGUUCAAGGGUGUGUUGUUACUGUGACCAGGAGCAAUGAAGGAAUUCCCAAAUGGCAAAGGCCUUUCCUUUUAGGAGCCCCUUUAUCUUGGAGAAAAGUUGCUUCAGAUUCCUACAAGGACAGAAGAUGAUUCAACCCAACCCCAUUCUCCUUCAAGCAAGCAGCACAACGCCAAAGUGCCAACAUCCCAAAGGGAAGCAUUUGAGUGGGCCUUACCAAGACGAUGGAUGGAUGGAUAGCGUGUGGGGGCUCUGUGUGUUGUGUGUUUGUGUGUGUGUGCGCGCUUCAAAGUUGUGAAGCCAAGAAAGGCUGCCUUAUAAUUAACAAUAGCCAAACUCCUCAAUCUCUAGAAAGCUUCCUGAAAAAACCAUGGAACCUUCCCGUGCCCCACCCCCACACCCCACCCUCCCAAAACUCAUUUUUAUAUUUAAUAUUUAAUUAUGAUCAAGCUGAAUUGAUAAAUGAUGAACUGGAACUGCUGACUUUUUUUUUAGAAUUUAGGGUCCGGUGGCCUUCAGAGAUAUGGGGGUGUUGGUAAAAACCAAGACGGAGCCCUUCAAUGGGGAUGGGUGUCGGUCUCCUGCUUGAGGCCCCCAUGUCAAUGAAGGCCACCAUCUGUGUCCCCCACACCAGCCUAAUAUUUUCACUUCCCUGAGGUGUAAACCCUCCUCGGCCGAUUUCAUGGACUACAGCAGAAAGCCCUCUUCACACAUUAGCUGAAGUGUCUCUAAACGAACGGGAAUUUCUUCUGUUUCUCAGGAACAAACCAUUUCUGUAAUACGACUUUGCAGGUCGAGAGAGAGAGAGAGAUGAGGGGAAGAAGAUCCAUCUUGCUAAUUCAUGCAUAUUUCACUUCAUUCCGAGGGGAGAAACAGGCAAAAUGUGACCGUAUUAAAAUGGAGUCAAGGCAGAUUCAGUUUUUUUUUUAAAAAGAAGGACAAAAAAAAAGAACAUAAACUUUAAAAAAAAUCUAUAUAGAGUUUAAGCGGAAAUCGUGUAUAUUUAAUUUAUUUUCUAAAAUGUAUAUUUCUUCCAAAGUAAGCAUUUUUAUCCCUGUCUUUCGACCGUGGUUUAUUUUACCCCAGAUUUCUGUGAACGGUGGGCUCUAAAAUACGAGGAAAAUAAUUUUAAUAGCAUCUUUAACGUCUUCUGUUUGCAGCCGAUGAUGUUGGCAUCCUUCAAGGGGUAAACCAUCGGGUGACAUUUGGAUCAGUGGUGGGGUUCCGGAUCCCCUUGCAACCAGUAUGUUGCGGCGUGGCCGGGCAUCCACCUCGGGCAUGCGCGCUGCACACGCAUGCACACACCACCCCCCUGCGAUGCCACAGCUGCUUGGCAAGGUCGCGCAGGAACCAUACGUUGUGCUCGCGUGGCCCCUUUCCCUCAAAAAGAAGUAAGGAGCGUGGGCAGCGGGUGGGCCCAACGAAAACACCAUUCCAGUACGGUGGUUCGCUGCUCCCAGCUGCCACCAGUAUACCCGUACUGGGCCGUACCACCCGGAACCCACCACCGAUUUGAAUGCCAGCUCUGCCCUUUUUAUAUUUGCAGUGGAGGUGGGUUUCUACCGGUUCGUACCAGUUUAGGCGAACCGAUAGUGGUAAUUUGGCCUGGGCCACAGAACCGGCAGCGGCCCAGGCUGGCCACGCCCUGAACUGGUUUCCCGGUCUCUGCUGACAUUGCCGGCAUGUUUUAUAGUAGUUUUUCAUGUUCUUCGCGCAUCCGCAGAACAACUUACAGUGAGCGGAAGUGAAGCAUGCGUGAAGCGAAUGGGUAUCAAUGAUGGUAGAAACCCACCCACCUGAUUUGCAGGCAUUAUUGUGAGACAAGUGCACCAAGGGGGGGCUUAAUGUCAUGUCACAACGCAUGGUUUAUCCUUCUGAAGUCACCAGAAUUACAAAUGGGCGCCUCUAGGCUAUUGCUCAUCGUUUUCCAGGCACUCUUCUUCUUCUUGGUGCAACAAAAGUUGAGGUGGUGGUUGUUUUGUUCCAAGAAGCCGUGGUUUGUCUUCUACUGUCAUCAACAAAUAAGCAGGGCUCCGUCCCUGAAACUAGAGGGACUUUUAAAUGAAAUAGCCCUACGCUGGCAAACGGCAGAACCAAAUAUGUAUGAAGAUUUCAGUGCCAAGGUAAUAACUGAUGCCAAAGGAUUUCACUCGUGAGAUUUCAGCUCUUCAAUGUUUCGCACUGAAGAAUGUCAAGUGAAGACGAAUGCUAGGAAUUCACCUUG